GCGGAUUUUAGACGGCAUGCACCACCGGACUCACUCACUCUGUUGAAAUUUCAGCACAUCUCUUACAUUUCUUUGAUUUAGAAUUGAAGAAAUUUUAGGAAAUUUCAAAAGGAAACAGUCGUAAAAAUGGCUCCUCGCUACGAGAUCGCCAUUGGGUUGGAGAGAGGUCAUAAAACCAUCAGAAAUAAGCAAACUCCACGACCUGUGGCAAAUAAAGGGAAGCAAACUAAGCACAACAAGUUUGUUCGAGACAUUAUCAGAGAAGUUGUUGGUCACAGCCCUUACGAGAAGAGAGCUAUGGAGUUGUUGAAAGUUUCAAAGGAUAAGCGUGCCCUCAAGUUUUUGAAGAAGCGACUUGGCACCCACAUCCGAGCCAAGAGGAAGCGUGAAGAACUUUCAAAUACUUUGACCCAGAUGAGAAAACAAGCUUCGGCGGCUAAAUAAUUCCGUUAUUGUUGACUUAUCUAAUUUGUAUUUUAAUUACGGUAAAGCAAUUGGGAUUGACGUCCUAAUAAAUGUCAUCUUAAUCGGAUUUAUACGAAUUUA